AUGGAGAGCAGCAGCAGACACUUUGCACACGUCUUCAUCUGCAUGGUGGGAGCAGUGAUAAUACUCCUCCUCUAUCUGGACCCGGACUGGGGCUUUGAGAGCAGGGACACACCAGCAUCACUGGCAGCACCAGCAUGGAAGGAUCCUGGGCCGUAUUACGUGGCCUACCCAGGAAACUACAAAUUCAUCAUGGACGACACCCCGACGUGUAAAGCCACGACUCCGUUCCUGCUCCUGGUGGUCCCGGUGGCCCCCGGGGGCGUGGCAGCUCGGGACACCAUCCGGAGGACGUGGGGAAGUGAGAAACUGGUUCUGGGUCAGCGGGUCGAGACUCUCUUCAUACUGGGCCUACCUUCAGGAGCUGAUGGCAAGCAGCAGCAGGAGAAGCUCCAACAGGAAAACCUGCAGCACCAGGACCUGAUCCAGAGUAACUUCAAGGACGGCUACCACAAUCUGACCAUCAAGACGAUGAUGACACUGGAGUGGCUGGUUGCGCGCUGCCACAAGCUUUCCUACGUUAUGAAGAUUGACGCCGAUAUGUUGCUGCACGUCCAGAAUUUGGUUAAACUGUUACUGGAUCCCAGCACGGCCAAACAGAACUACAUGACAGGUUUGGUGUGGUGGCACAGCCCGGUCUUGAGAAACCCGUUCAACAAGUUCUACAUGCCGAGAUAUGUGAUUGCUGAGCCGGAGUACCUGCCGUAUCCUCUGGGCAUGGCCUACGUCAUGUCCCUGGACCUGCCUGCCAAGAUCCUGGCAGCCGCCCCUCACAUUAAACCCAUCUUCAUCGAGGACGCCUACCUGGGAAUGUGCCUGAAACACCAUGGCCUUUCUCCCACCAACGCUCCUGAAAACACCAUGUUCAUGGUGGACCCCAGGCAUCCUCUGAGCGACUGCAGCCUCUCCAGAGUGAUCGCUGCGACCACCACCAGCAUCCCACAGAUGACCAGUUACUGGGAGAGGAGCAGGGGGGCUAAAUGUUGA